ACAUCUCUCUAUAAAAUGAUCUCAACUCCUUCACUUAACAAAACCCACCAAAGAGUCGUCGGCGACAAGCUGAUCACAAAACCCAGAAUAGCUCUCUUUUCCAUCAUCAAUGGCGUCAAUGAAGCAUUUUUUUGCCAAGCCUAAACACAUCUAUCCACAACCAGAACCAGUUAUGUCCGAAAACGACAAGAAUGUGUUUGAAUUCGACGAAUCUGAUAUUCACAGUUUAGGCGAUCAUCAGAAGCCGAGUUCAUUUGAAGCCAAGAGAUCGAUAUCAAUCUCGCGACUGAGGAGAAAACCGGCGAAAGUCGCAGAUUCUUCCGGUUUCGACAACCGGAAAACGGCAAAGACCGGUUCGGUUCCGGUUAACAUCCCCGAUUGGUCGAAGAUCCUGAAGAGCGAGUAUAGGAGCCAUAUUGUGAUACCAGACUACGACAGCGACGAAGACGACGAGGACGAUGAAGAGAUCAACGACGGCGACACGACGGGCGGAAGACGGAUGAUUCCGCCGCACGAAUAUUUAGCGCGGCGGAGGGGAUCUUCGUUCACGGUGCACGAAGGGAUUGGUGGAACUGAUAAGGGGAGAGAUCUAAGGCUAUUGAGGAACGCGAUUUGGGAGAAGAUUGGGUUUCAGGAUUAAUAUCAACUAUAGGAUUAAUAAUAAAACUCUAGUAGGUAAUAUAGAUUAUGUCAAAACUAUUACUUAAUUACUUAGAACAUAAGGAGGACUUCGUGUUUUUCUGGAGGGUUUAGGAUCGGUUAUAGUUUCGGUCCGAAGGAGAAUUUUUCGAUAUCCUCUUGUUUUUUUUUGCAUAUUUGUUCUUGUUUUUUCUGAAGUUUUGAUCAUCCUAUCCUUGUUCGUGUUCGGUAAUGUUAAAUGAUAAUUUUAUGUUUUUGUGUCUUGAAA